AUGUCGUCGUCUCGCCUUCCUGCCGCCCUCCAGGCCACCGAGGAGGACAUCUCCCUCCUCCUCCAGGCUCAGGCCCACAUUGGUUCCAAGAACGUCGAGAAGAAGAUGACGCCCUACGUCUGGAAGCGCCGCUCUGACGGUGUCAACAUCAUCAACGUCGGCAAGACCUGGGAGAAGAUUGUCUUCGCCGCCCGUGUCAUCGCCGCCAUCGAGAACCCCAACGAUGUCUGCGUCAUCUCGGCCCGCCCCUACGGCCACCGUGCCGUCCUCAAGUUCGCUGCCAACACUGGCGCGCAGGCGAUCGCCGGCCGCUUCACCCCCGGCAACUUCACCAACUACAUCACGCGCUCGUUCAAGGAGCCGCGCUUGAUCGUCGUCACCGACCCGCGCGUCGACCACCAGGCCAUCCGUGAGGCCUCGUACGUCAACAUCCCCGUCAUCGCCAUCUGCGACACCGACUCGCCCCUCAACUACGUCGACGUCGCCAUCCCCGCCAACAACAAGUCGAAGCACUCGAUCGGCCUUAUCUGGUGGCUCCUCUGCCGCGAGGUCCUCCGCCUCCGUGGCCAGAUCUCGCGCGCUUCUGACGCCUGGCCCGUCAUGGUCGACAUGUUCUUCUACCGCGACCCGGAGGAGAUCGAGCGCGAGCAGGAGGCUGCCGCCGCCGCCAAGGCCGCUCCCGCCGACCAGGAGCCCGCCGCCGAGGCUGGCGUCUCGGACUGGGAGGUCACCGGCUCGAAUGCCGCCAUCGCCGCCGCUGCGUCGUCGCAGCUCCCGGCCACCGAGGCUGGUAUCGACUGGUCCAACACGCAGGAGUCGACCGACUGGGCUGCCGAGGACUCGCAGGUCGCCGCCUCGAACCAGGCCGGCGGCUGGGCUUAA